AUGGCGCUACGUUUAAGUAAACGUCUGGUCAGAUUUACCUUGAUGGUAGGUGGGUUUCUAAUACUGCUGAUCACAUUAAGUUCGCAUAGCUCGACUAAAGAAUAUAUGCCUCAACCACUGGAUAUAUCCUCAUUCAGUACUCCAUUAGCAAACUUUGGGAAUAGUAUAUCAAAUACUAUUCUUGAUGCAGCUGGUAUGGAAGCCGAAUCUCAAAGAAUGGAAGCCGAAUCUAAUGCUGAAGUGAAUGGUGAAAAGGUUUUGACAGGUGACGAAAUACCCGAUGACCUACUGGACGAACAAGCUAAGGCUCUAAAGGACACUGCCAAUGCUGCUGGUAUCGAAGAUAUGUCGAAGAGUGUCAUGGAUUUCAUUAAGCCAAGUUUUGAAAAUCGUGGUAAUAGGCCAAAGGCUUGUUUUGUUACAUUGGUUCGUAACUCUGAAUUGGAUGGUAUUGUUAAAUCUAUCCGUAAAGUUCAAGAACGUUUCAAUAAACAAUUUAUGUAUGAUUGGGUAUUUUUAAAUGAUGAGGAAUUCACUGAAAAUUUUAAAGAAACUAUAUUACACGAAAUUCCAACCUCCGUUGUGAAAUUUGGUGUUAUUCCAAAGGAACAUUGGUCUUACCCAGACUAUAUCGACCAAUCCAAGGCUGCUGAUACUCGUAUUAAGAUGGCCGACAUUAUUUAUGGCGCCUCUGAAUCUUAUAGACAUAUGUGUCGUUUCCAAUCUGGAUUUUUCUGGAGACAUAAAUUAUUGGAUGAUUAUGAUUGGUAUUGGAGAGUGGAACCAGAUAUCAACUUGUAUUGUGACAUUAAAUAUGAUGUUUUCAAAUGGAUGCAAGAUAAUGAAAAAGUUUACGGUUUCACUAUUACUAUUCACGAAUAUUUAGCUACUAUUCCAACCUUAUGGAAAACUUCGAUGGAUUUCUUUAAAAAACAUCCGGAGUACGUCGAUAAGGAUAAUCUGAUGGAAUUUAUAAGUGGAGACAAAGGUGAACACUAUAACUUGUGUCAUUUCUGGUCCAAUUUCGAAAUUGCAAACUUGAAUCUAUGGAGAUCUCCAGCUUACACUGAAUACUUUGAUGCUUUGGAUCAUGCUGGUGGGUUUUUCUAUGAAAGAUGGGGUGACGCUCCAGUUCAUUCAAUUGCCGCUUCAAUCUUAUUACCAAAAGAUAAGAUUCAUUACUUCUCUAAUAUUGGGUACCAUCAUCCACCUUAUGAUAACUGUCCGAUCGAUGAUAGAGUAUGGGCCGAAAACAAUUGUGAUUGUCAACAGAAGAACGAUUUCACAUUCAAGGGUUAUGCUUGUGGUAAGGAAUACUACGCUGCCCAAAAGAUGGAUAGACCUCCAAAUUGGGAAGAAUACUCUCAUUAA